GUGCUUCACGUCACUCGUCACGCUGGCACGGUGCUGUCGCUCGAGAUGAUGCCCCGAUGGCCGGUUCUCCUCCCGGCCGUUGGGAAUCUGUGACAUGGGCGGACGGUGGGAAUUGCGAUGGCGUGCGCGCCUACGUGCUCCCGCCGCCGCCUCUUGCCAUGCAGUUUCUUUCGCUCUCGGUCGAUGAGCAUCUCGACGCCAACCAGCUAGCUGCUUGGCGAUGAUCUUUAGAAGCUGGAGCGUCUUAGCAAUGGUGGCUAUCACUAUCAGUGCAAAUGCUUGGUCUGAUGCUGGCCAUGCUGUUAACCAUCUGUAUGAUCUACUCUACAUGAUGGGGCGAGAUGACAUAGCAGUUGGUGUCGGAGGGGAUGGUGGUAUAUCAGAUAAUGGUAGGAUUUAUCCCAAUGUUGGUGGUUAUUUCGCAAUAAUUGAGCAGGAAAUGUCAACAGUGGGGGGUUGUCGGUAUCGACAAACGAUUCCGCAAGGGAGAAAUGGCCGGUUGGAUGUCAACACAAACUAUGGAAUCAGACGAGCAUUUCUUCCUCAGGGCAACCGGAGAUACUUCCCUCUUCAACAACCAACUACACAGCAGAUGAUGAUUGACACCAUAUCUGCUGCGCCGACGACCGUCCUCCUAAUGGGAACUCACUCGAACUUUGCACUUUUCCUCAUGAGCAACCCACAUCUGAAAAAAAAUGUGGAGCACAUUUACAUAAUGGGUGGCGGUGUGCGAUCACACAAUCCCACUGGCUGCUGCUCCAAGAGCAGCAUCUCGUGUGUGCCUCAACAAUGUGAAGAUCACGGUAACAUGUUUACGGCUUACAACAAAGAUCCAUAUGCUGAGUUCAACAUAUUUGGGGAUCCUUUUGGUGCAUAUCAGGUCUUUCAUUCUGGUAUUCCUAUCACCCUCGUGCCUCUUGAUGCAACCAACACGAUACCAAUCACUGAGAACUUCUUUAAGGAAUUUGAGCAAAAGCAGAACACUUAUGAGGCGAAGUACUGCUUCCAGUCUCUGAAGAUUGCUCGGGAUACUUGGUUCAAUCAAUUCUACACAGUAAGCAAGCUAUUUCUGGAUACAUUGAUUGUUUGUUUGUUUAGCUCCAUUCCUUUUAGAUGGUUGCAGAGUUACUUUAUGUGGGAUUCGUUCAUGACUGGCGUGGCACUCUCCAUUAUGCGCAAUGGCGAGAGACCAAAUGGUGAGAAUGAUUUUGCUGAGAUGGAAGUGAUGAACAUAACUGUUGUGACAUCUAAUGAACCAUAUGGUGUUCAUGAUGGAUCAAAUCCAUUCUUCGAUGGCCAUGUGAGGCCAAAGUUUAACUUACUGGAGGGUGGUGUACAUAGUGGUCAUGUUCUGACUGGACUCGAUGAUCCAUUUUGUGUUAUGAAGGGGAGUAUUAAAGGGAAAUGCCAGGAUGGCUACACAAAAGAAGUGCAAGGUCUUGACUCGGUUGCUGCGCUUGUUGCCGUUAAAGCAAAACCUAAUAGAAACGCUGACAGCCCUCUUGAUAGAGAGUUUUUCAACAACUUCCUUGAGGUCCUGAAUCAUCCUGCACACUCUGGCCGCUUCAACUUGACCAACCAGUUCCCUCACUACAAAGAGAUUAUGUACAAACCUGAUUUCAGACAUCGGAUUAGAGGAAUGCCUGUCAUAUUCGACAUGGACAUGAGUCCAGGUGAUUUUAUUGCUCUCAUGUGCAUCCUGAAAGCAAAUAUAGAAGUAAUUGACCUCAAGGGGAUACUGGUAAGUGGCAAUGGCUGGUCAAAUCCUGCAACAAUAGAUGUUAUCUAUGAUGUUCUUCAUAUGAUGGGCCGCGAUGACAUUCCAGUAGGACUUGGUAGUAUCACUGCAUUAGGGGCCCCUGAGCUUGGCUGUGAAUACGUCAAGGUCAUACCACAUGGUUCUGGGGGUGGUCUUGACACUGAUACACUUUUUGGACUAGCCCGGAUGUUGCCCAGAGCACCAAGAAGGUACACAGCAGAAAAUUCAAUGAAAUAUGGCGCUCCAAGGGACACUGCUCACCCUGAGCUCAGGCAACCUUUGGCGUUCGAAGUUUGGCAACAAGUUACAGCAGAGCUUGGACCAACGGACAAGAUAACCAUCCUGACAAAUGGUCCUCUCACAAACAUCGCUAACAUCAUUCUAUCCGACACAAAAGCAAAAUCAAUUAUUGAGAAAAUUUAUAUAGUUGGCACUCAUUUGGUUGAUGGAGAAGGAGAAGAAGGCAAUCUAUUUACUGUGCCGUCAAAUAAGUUUGCUGAGUUCAAUUUCUUUCUUGACCCUAAAGCUGCCAAGACAGUUGUAGAAUCCAGGUUAGACAUCACUGUCAUUCCUCUGAGGGCUCAACGCCAGGUGUCUUCUUUUGGUAAAGUUCUAAGAUCACUAAUUGCUGCUGAGAAGACUCCUGAAUCAUCAUUCGUGUACCGGCUGCUGCUGUUGAUGCAGAAGCUGCAAAAGAAACACCAGUCAUACAGUCACAUUGAUAUGUUCCUUGGGGAGCUCCUUGGCUCGAUGUUCUUGGUUCAGCAGUCACAUCUAAAUUGCUCGAUCACUGAAAAGGCCAUCAAUGUUGGCUCCGGUCAUGUGAGCAUGCAUGGCCAAACUAUCCUUGACGAGACAAACGGAAAGCUGGUGAAGGUAUUAGAUCGUCUUGAUUCAGACGCUUACUACACAGAGCUUGCGAAGCUGCUCGCUACCAAGCAGCAGUCAGCUCUUGUUGGCAGUUUUGAUGAGCAGAAAAGAGUGUGGAGCAAAGCGAGCUAUAAGAAAGGACGUGACGAUCCUGGGUUCGUUAAAUAGCAUAGCGUAUGGAAAUGAGCAGCUCUUGUAUUUUUUGUUUUCUUUUUCAAAAUGCCAGUUGAUAGUGCUGUGCUGAAUUUGUACCGCCUGGGACGAACCUGGGUUUCACUUUGGUCCAUCUUGUUAAUGGUGGGUGUUUCAGGGUCAAAA